UCAUCGCGAUUUUCCUCACCUUUUUCGUUCAGGAACCUCCUUCAACCCGUUCUCUUCUUUUAGAUUUCAAGCCGCAUCAGAACGCAGCUCCGUAUUCUUACUGUUCAUUGCUAACAGAGAGGAACGAAUAAAGUCCGCUUGUGAAAUUCUGUCUUGGCCGCUUUGGGAUGAAGAGGCCACUUUCCGGAGACGUCGCACCGGCUACGGGUGAUGAUAAGGAGGUGAAGAAGGUUAAGCGGACGGAGGGUGACAAAGAGGCCGACAAUCGGACGGCAGAAAACUCCGGCGGGUUUGUUUAUUUUGAUGAGAAUCUGCUUUUCGAGGUGCUGAAGCACGUGGACGCGAGGACGCUGGCGAUGGCGGGAUGCGUGAGCAAGCAGUGGCACAAGACGGCGCAGGACGAGCGAUUGUGGGAGUUGAUCUGCUCCAAGCAGUGGGCCAACACCGGCUGCAGCGAGCAACAACUGCGUACGGUGGUCCUCGCGCUCGGUGGAUUUCGUCGUCUUCACGCGCUCUACCUGGCUCCCCUCUCGAAGCCGCAGCCAUGUUCGACCUCCUCCUCCUCGUCGUCGUCGUCGUCGUCUUCUUCUUCUUCCUGGCCUGCGGUCCCGAAGGUGAUCCGAUCGAAGCCACAGUCUCGGCUGGGGAAAGACGAGGUUCAUCUUUCCUUGUGUCUGAUGUCGAUCAGUUGCUACGAGAAGAUGAAUUUCAACAAGAGGAACAGAUGAUUUUUUACGAAUAACUAUGUUAGCAAUUCUGAUUUGGCCUAUGCAAUCUGCCGAUGGCCUUAUUGGUUCUGAAUUUUUAUUUGUACGGGUGGGAUUUUCUGGAUCGGAGUGACCAGAUCUGCAGUAUUAUUAACACGGAUUCGAGUUGAAUGAGAAGGAAUCUGGUUAAUGGAUGAAUUAUAUUAUAAUAUGAUAGGAUAUAUCCAAUAAUCGGAUUUUGGUUUAUGAAAGAAUUCA